UUCGGUGGGCGGGUUGAAACGGUCCGUUCCCUAAAGUGGGUCACCCCCCCGAGGGGGGGGGGGAAUGAGAAGCCCCAGCCCCCUCCCCCCUGAGAAUCUGCCCUUGGCCCGGGGAUUCCCCUGGGCCCGGUGACGUCACCGCGCUUGUUACAUUGCACUGUCGCCUGUAUCUGCUGUCAGUUUCAGCCAUGGAGACUCCCAGCUCCGGGAGGGACUGGAGGAAACACAUCGUCCGGCAGCUCCAACACCGAGAUCGACGCCAGAAACUACACUUCGAGGAUCUCAUCCACUCCUACAACCAGCUCCUGAUGAAGUCCAACAUUGUUCAACUCUGGAGAGACCAGCACUUAGCGGCAACUCCCAGCCUAUCUCCCGAACCCCAGAAUGUGGUAAGCUUACAGAGCAGACAUCGAAAGGAACUGAUCGAAAUGUAUCAGGCAAAUGGAGAGCUCGCACAGGAGGUCUUCAGUCUGAGCAAACAGCACCAACACAGAGAAGUGGAACUCCAGGUCAGUCACAGCAGGUUGGUGGAGUUGGAGGUGAAGCUGUCUGAGCUGGAGGGAGAGCGGGAGCGAUUACUGCAGCGAUUCGAGGAAUUGGAGAAAGCCAAUGCCAGGGUGAAGGAGGAUUAUGAUAACCUUCAGCAGCUUUACCGUUCGCAGUGGGAGCAACUCCUGAAGCGGGAGGUGGAGGGAACAGAACUGAUCCAGAGCAUGAUCGACAUCAAGGUUCAAGCAGCGAGAGACCUGAAUUAUCGGAACGAGAAGCCAAAGAGGGUCCAGGCGAAGAACUUGGAGAAAGACCUGGCUGUUGUUUCCCGGGUUCCCAUCUCGAUGGACACAGAUGUCUUUCAACCAGUGCAGAAAGUGCCCCCCGAGACAGCCAAGCACCAGGAGAUCAAGAUCUUCAAACCGUUUCGGAGUUCUAGGUCAAGCUCUUUAAGCCUCCCACCCCACCCCAGACUCUUCCAGUCCUUUAAAGAGCUAUUCAGAAAGCGGGCGAAUACAUCUUUCAUCGGCGUGGAUUGUAGUCCAACAAACUUCUGUUCGGUUGCAAGAAUUCCAGCCAGAGUUCGAUUCAGUUUGCAGGAAGCCCACGAUGGUGAGGUCAAUGCUGUCAAGUUCUCUCCAAACUCCAAGAUCCUGGCGACUGGAGGCAGUGACAGGAAAGUGAAGCUAUGGGACAUUGUUGGAGGAAUGCUCCAGCUGGUGAAAAUUCUGGAGGGGAGUAACGAUGGAGUGACCAGCAUUGAGUUUGAUCCCUCGGGUCUACAUCUCUUAGCAGGAUCAUAUGACAACACUGCCCGCCUAUGGAGUCUGAAGGAUUGUGAACUGAAGCACACUUUGUCAGGUCACAGUGCAAAGGUCACAGCGGCAAAGUUCAAGUUUUACUGCCGAGAAGCUGUCACAGGGAGCCACGACAGAACAAUCAAAGUCUGGGACUUGAGCAAAGCUGCCUGUGUCAGUUCGAUCCCUCUCCCGUCUCGCUGCAGUGACAUCGUUUGCUCAGAUUACCUCAUCAUAAGUGGUCACUUUGAUGAGAAGGUUCGCCUGUGGGACACAAGGUCGGGCACAAAAACUGAUGAGAUCCCACUGCAGGGAAAGGUGACAUCUUUAGACAUUAACGCCGAACGGACCCAGUUACUGAGCUGUUCACGCGAUGAUCUGUUGAAGGUGGUGGAUCUGCGGAUGAAUGAGACCAGGCAGGAGCUCAGAGCUGAAGGGUUUAAGUGUGGAGCUGACUGGACCAAGGCAAUUUUCAGCCCCGAUGGGAGCUAUGCUGUGGUGGGAUCAUCUGAUGGAGUUCUCUACAUCUGGGACACUCUCGCUGGGAAACUGGAGACUUCUUUGGUUGGACAACACAAAUCCUCCAUCAAUGCAGUUUCCUGGUCCUUAUCUGGAGAGUAUGUGGUGAGUGUGGAUCGAUCAAGAUUGGCCAGUCUCUGGACUGACUGCUGACCCGGCCACGCAGCGGUGACUCCAAAUGGCCACCACUUCCAUCAUCACAUGACCACCAUUCGAUCUGAAGGGAAAGUGUCAAGAGCACGGGUUAUAGAGAUUUAACAUCCUACACAGGCGGAAGGUCCUGCCAAUAACCAACCUCUAUCCUUACUGCAACUCUCCCACACAGACACAAACACGCACACACUCUCACACCCAUGCAUACACACACCCAGACAAAGACACACAAACACACGCAUGUAUACACACACAUACUCUCUCUCGCACCCAUGCAGGCAGGAAGACACACACAAACACACACACACACAAUAUUCAAGAAACCGGGAGUUGGAAGGCGGUGGUUGGUGAAUAUAAAUACUACACAAAAGGCUUAGCGAACAGGAGGAGGCCAAGUUACCUCCUGUAAGUGUCUCUCACCUCACAGGGAGAGGGAAAUUCACAUCAACAAAGGAUGCCAGGGACCCCAGGAUGAGAUUGACUUCUAACCCAUUCCCCCCAUGUCAGGGUUUCUGUUGGAAGUCGGUGGGGUGGGAUGGGGUGUGGGAUAACAAGGGAAUCAGCUUGGAAUACUUUUCUCAACAAAUCUUGACUGCAGCUGUGCAGCAAGUUACAGGAAGGGACACAAGGUCAUUAGAUUGCAGGGACAAAGGCGUGCAAUACAAACAGAACAUUCUGGAAACGCAACGAGUCAGGAUGCAUCUGUGGAGAAAAGGGACUCAACAGAAGAGUGUUUUUUUUGAUUGACCAACCCACAACUAGACAUUUGUCUGAGUCGGAAGGGAUUGAGUCAGUUGCUAUGGUUAAGAUUAACUAGGAAUAUAGACUUUCUUGUUUUAUUUAAAGUCCCAUGGACACUAAACACAUUUUUAUCAUUGUUUAUUGGACACAAAAUAACUUUUAGGGAAAGGAAAUACCUUUUAAAUUAUUGGAAUUUUAAAAAUUCUUUCACAGGAUGUGGGUGUCGCUGCCUGGGUCAGCACUUCUUGCCUGUCCCUAGUUACCCCUUGAGAGGGUGAGGGUGAACUGCCUUUUUGAACUGUUACUGUACUUGAGAGUACUCCAUGUGUUGGACGUUGAACCACAAUUCCCUUAGGGAGGGAAUUCCAGGAUUUUGACCCAAUGACACUGAAGGAACAACAAAAUAUUUCAGGAUGGUAUAUGGCUUGGAGGGGAACAUGAGCGGGGAGUGGUGUUUCCAUGACGAUUGUGGGGUUUUCAGUGACGGGAACGCCAUUGAGCAUCAUGGUUUGAUGGUUAGGUCAUCUUAAAGAGAGUUGAUAGUCUUCAGAUUUCUCCAUUUCUGAAAGGAAUGGAGACUGGGCCAUUGAAUAUAUUCAGGGCUGAAUUGGAUAGAUUUUAUGUUCGACCAUGGAGUUAAAGGUUUUGCAGAGCAACUGGGAACGUGGUGAUGAGACCACAAAUCAGAUCAGCUUUGAUCAUAUUGAAUAGCAGAGCAGACCUGAGGGGCCAAAUGGCCUACUCCUGUUCCUAUUUUUGAUGUUCUUGUGUGGAACGUUUUUAAGUAGCAAGCUGUUGCAAUCUUGGACACGUUGCCUGAAAAGGGGUAGAAGCAGAUUUAAUAGGAACUUUCUCAAGGGAACGGGUCAAAUGCUUGAGAUGAAAGAAUUUGCAGAACUUUGUUUGAGAAUGGUUUCAGGGAUGCGUAACUCCAAAGACAGAUUGUAGACCUUGGAAUUGUAUCCCUCAGAGAGGAGAGGGCUGAGAGAUUUGAUCGAGGUUUUCAAAACUCCUGAGGGUUGGAGACAGAGUCAACACAGGGAGUAACACUUUCCACUGCUGAAGGGAUUAAGAAUGAGAGAGGGUACAGAUUUAAAAUAAUUAGCAAAAGCGAUAUGAGGAGAUUUGUUUUUCUCACAGCGAGUGGUUAGGCUGUGAAAGGCACUCAUACGGGAAAUAGGUGGUUACUUCAAAAGGGACAAUGUGCAAGAUAACAGGGGGGAAGGUGGGUGUGAAUGGCACUUGGAGAGCCACUCAGUUGGAGAGCCAGUGAAACAGGACGGACUGAAUGCCCUCAUUCUGAGGCGCAACAGUUUUGUGGAGAAAAAGGAUGUGGAUGAGAGUGAUUGGAACCCUCAGUCAAAGGCAAGGUUGUAAACAUUCUAGGACUCUGUUCUGUCAUUCGGCCCACCUGCCUUUGAUGUCUUUGUCUAAGCAACAAUAGACAAUGGCUGGGAGUUCAUCAAUGGCCCAGCUCUUUAUUGAGUUCAGAUUUCACCCUUUGCCACAGUGAAAAUCAAACCCAUCUCUCCAGGACAAUGGCCUGGGAUUCUCGAUUGCUAGUGUAGUGACAUUACCACUAGACUGUUGCCCUUCAUGAUUUGCAACAGCUCCAUUAAAAUUCCACUUAAAUGUCUCCUCUCUGAGGUGACCAAACCCAACUUCUCCACAUUCACUGGGAACCCUGAAAAGGUUCCCUUCUCUCAAUGAUCUUGGCAUCUCCUAUGUCUCCAUUGUCCAGGCUUGAUGUGUUAGCAAUGGCUGAGCAGGCAGCACCCUUCCCUCUGAACCUGUAGGUUCGAGGUUCCUAGAGUGGCAGGACUUGCGUAUAAAGGGAGACUGAAUCGUUUAGGAAGAUAUUCACUCGAAGAAUGGACAGAUCUCAUAGAAACCUAUAAAAUUCUAAUGGGACUGCACAGGAUCGACACAGGAAGGAUGUUUCUGAUGAUUAGGGAGUUCAGAUCCAAGGGUCACAGUGUAAGGAUAUGGUGUCGGCCAUUUAGGACAGGGAUGAGGAGAAAUGUCUUCACCCAGAGAGUGGGGAGUCUGGGGAAUUCUCUACCACAGGAAGUGGUUGAGACCAAAACAUUGAAUGUUUUCAAGAAAGAUUUCAGGGCUAAAGGUAAUCAAAGGGUUUUGGGGAGAAAACAGGAACAGGGGACUGAGUUGGCUGAUCAGCCACAACCAUAAGGAAAGGAGGAGCGGGGCCAGAGGGCUGAAUGGUCUACUUCUGCUCUAUUUCCUCUGGUUCAAAAUUUCAAGCCCCAAUCCAGGACCCAAUGUUGAUAUUGCAUAGCGGUGUGGCGUGAGUGCUAGGCUGUUGGAGAUGCUGUCUUUUCAAUGAAAACGUUAAACCAAAGCCCCAUUAGACUUCUGGGUGGAUAUAUAAGAUUCCUUGAUUUUAUUUCAAAGAAAGGCAAAGGAGAUAUUCUUGAGGUCCAGCUUUAUAUUUAUUCCAUGAUCAACAUCACCGAAAAACAAAGAUUAUAUGGACAUUAUGACACAGCUGGUUGUGGGAUCUUUCUGUAUACAAAUUGGCAGUUCAGUUUCCUCUAUCAUGACAGUGAGUACACUACAUGAAGUGCUGCUUUGACUGGAAAACACUUUGAGACAUUGAGUAUUUGUGAAAAAUGAAAGUUUUUCGUUCUUCUUUGAAUUGAAUUGUGAACCGCUAUUGUGAAAUGAAUGCCAAUAUGUGGAUAUAUCUUUCAAAGUCUCACUAUGCCUCUUCUAUCUUGCACAUCAGUGCUCACCUGGAGUCUGUUUCAGUCACACUCUCAUUGAUACAAAUAUUGAUGGAAGAUUACCUGCCUCUACUGACUCUUGUAAUAAACAGUCACUUGGUGGUACAGAAUUUAUUUAGAUAUUACAGGGAGUGGAAAAGCCAUCUUGUACUCGGGAGAGAUACAAGAAUACUGAUUUCAACUCUGUAGAGAUGCCGCUGUUGGACUGGAGUGUAUGAAGUCAGAAUUCACAUAUUACCAGGUUAUAGUUCACCAGGUUUAUUUGAAAUCAUAAGCUUUCUGAGCGCUGCCCCUUCAGCAGGUGAAGUGACUUCACCAGGAGCAGGGCUCCAGAAGUUUGUGAUUUCAAAUAAAUCUGUCGGUCUAUAACCUGGUAUCGUGUGACUUCAGACUACAUUUGAAGGGGGAAGAAUAAAUUGCACUGCUGGGGAAAAGGGUUGUGAUUGGUUUGAAAAUUGACUGUGUAUGCUUCGAUUGAAUAUUGUCAGUUGGGCCCACUUGAUGUUUGCAUGACCUGACUUUUAUUUAUUUCUGGAUUAGUGGUGCUGGAAGAGCACAGCAGUUCAGGCAGCAACCGAGGAGCAGUAAAAUCAACGUUUGACUUUUAUUUAUGAACAUAGUUGCCUCCUCUACCAAUAUUUGGAGAUGCCAGUGUUGGACUGGGGUGUACAAAGUUAAAAAUCACACAACACCAGGUUAUAGUCCAACAGGUUUAAUUGGAAACACGCUAGCUUUCGGAGCGCUGCUCCUGCAUGACUAUCGCCUGAUGAAGGAACGACGCUCCAAAAGCUAGUGUGCUUCCAAUUAAACCUGGUGUCGUGUGAUUUUUAACUUUGUACUCCUCUACUAAGAGAGCAAACAUGCCCUGGCUUUGCAUCUUUCUCAAUUAAACAAGAUCGCCAGUGGCUCACUAUUCCCCAGGGGCAAAGUCUCAACUUGCCAACCAAAAGCACCCUUUUCUCAUAUUAGACAAGAUGUUGUUCCCUUUGAAUUUUGGCAUUCUUGUGAUUCGAUCCUGUUAAUGAGUGUAAAAUUAAACAUUUCAACAGCUUUCAGAGGCGUGGUGGUUCAGUGGUUAACACUGCUGCCUCACAGCGCCAGGGAUCUGGGUUCGAUUCCAGUCUUGAGUGACUGUCUGUGUGGAGUUUGCACAUUCUCCCCAGUGUCUGCGAAGGUUUCUUCUGGGUGCUCUGGUUUCCUCCCAGAAUCCAAAGAUGUGCAGAUUUGGUGGAUUGGCCUUGGGAAAUUGCCCUUAGUGUUCAGGGAUGUGCAGGCUCGGUGGGUUAGCCGGAGUGGGAAUGCAGGUUUAUGGGUAUAGGGUAGGUCUGGGUGGGAUGUCUUUCGGAGGGUCGAUGUGGACUCAAUGGGUCAAAUGGCCUGCUUCCCCACUGUAGGGAUUCUAUGAUUCGAGCAUUUCAGCAAUACUACUGUCAUGCAAAAGUCGAAGUUAGUACAACUCCAGGUUCUAGUGCAGCCAGGAAACAAGUAGAGAAAGUAUUUGUGUUUGUAGCACUGGGGUUGUUUGAUUGCUGGGAUAGGGGGGAAACCCUACAGGCUUCCUCCUGGUCUCCAAAGCCUCCCCACCCCAACAUUACUGCAUUCGAUUGAUCCAGAGAUACCUUCGCUUCCGAGCGUUCUCUGCUCCAGUCCAUAUUGCAGCAGAAUGGUGAAUGGGGGAUUUUAACAAAGCUUCAGAAGUAACGGGAUUUGAGAAACAUAAGCACUGCAGCAGGCCAUUCAGCCCCUCAUGCUUGCUCUGUCAAAUCAAUGAGAUUGUCACUGAUCUGCUAUCCUAACUCCAUAUACUCACUGAGGCCCCAUAUUCCUUCAUACUUCUAGCUAAUGUACCUAAUUUAAACCUCACCUUCCACCUCCAGCUUAUGGUUUGUGCUCUGUUCCAAAGCAGGAGACUUGCUGAGGGUGAAGGUUUAAUCGCACGCAGUAUCUCCUUAUCUUAAAACCUACUAAACCAAUGUAAUGUUUACAUUUUUAAAGAUUGUGAAGAAUUCUUGCAAAGAUACUUCAGUUAUACUUUUAAAAUUAACAGUCAUAGAUUCUGUAUUUUUAUUAAAUAAAUAAUUGUGUGUCACUUCUCAA